AUGGAAAUUCAGAGUUUGCUGAGUUUUUUGGCUAAUGACUUUCUUUGUUCAAUUAAUUAUGAAUCCUGUUUGGGUUUUUACCGAUUAUUUUACCCUACAAAAGAAGAAGAUAAAAUUGGAAUAAGUCGUAUUUUCAAAAAAUGCUUAAAUUCUUUCUACACGGUUAUAUAUUUAUUCAUAUGGACCACGACUAUAAAUCCAAUAAAAAUAAUCUUAUAA